UGAAUACUGAAGGAUGCGGCAUUAGCGGCCAGGACCUCACUGGGCUGCUCUGCAUAGCUCUCUGAAUGAACACAGGAAACUUCAUCACAAUCCCUGUUUAAGCAGAGCCUGAUGUUGUUGCAAUGCUCAAACCGGCUGGGUCGUCAUUGCCUUGAUCAGUUUGACUGAUGUGGAUUUGUUUGUUAUCCUUUCACCUGUCUGUCUCUCUCUCUCUCUCUCCCCCUCUCUCUGGCUCUCUCCCAGUGUCUCUUGCCUACAAUAGCAUAGUGGUGAGAUCCGCACAUUGCAGAAUUACGUUGAUUGGUGAGAGAGUCAAAGGGAAAAACGGGAUCAAAGUUCGCUGACAUGCUGUUGUAAUCAGGUACGCUGUGAAAAGUCGGGGGAAAAAAUGCAUGGCUGUGUUCUUCGGACGGAAGAAUGAAGCACCCGGGAACUUUUUUCAGGAAAAAAAGAGGCGGACGAGCCACAGGUCCAAGAGGAUAAACUGAGCAUGGAGGUCAGGUACAACCAAGAGACAGAAGGGAUGGGGCUGAAGAAUGGACUAAAGAAGGGGAAAGAUGAGAAGGACUCCCAGGGCAGCUUGUCCAAAAGCUUCCUCAAGGAGCAGCAGGACUCCUUUUCCCCCUCUGGGACCGUGGACAACUGUGAGAAGAACAGGGGGAGCACGGGGGACCCAGACUACUGUCGGAGAAUACUUGUCCGAGAUGCUAAAGGCUCUAUCCGAGAGAUUAUCCUGCCGAAGGGUUUGGAUUUGGACCGGCCAAAGAGAACUCGCACCUCCUUCACUGCAGAGCAGCUGUACCGGUUAGAGAUGGAGUUUCAGAGAUGCCAGUAUGUGGUUGGGAGGGAACGGACAGAACUGGCCCGUCAGCUUAAUCUGUCUGAAACUCAGGUGAAAGUCUGGUUCCAGAAUCGGCGUACUAAGCAGAAGAAGGACCAGGGGAAGGACUCUGAGCUGCGUUCAGUGGUUUCAGAAACAGCAGCAACCUGCAGUGUCCUCAGACUACUGGAGCAGGGUCGGCUGCUGACGCCUCCAGGCCUACCGGGCCUCCUACCCCACUGUGGCAGCAGCACACUGGGCUCCGCUCUGCGCCCUCACUCAAUGGCCAUGGCCAGCAAUGGCAGCAGUAGCAGCAGCGGCGGUGGCAGCACUAGCACAGCGGGGGGCAGCCCUCCUCUCCCUGCCGUCACCAGCUCAGGGACGGUGGCAAGUCUGCAGAGUUCACCUGCGGCUCAUGGCCUUUUCAGCUUCCCGAUGCCCUCCUUACUCAGCGGAGUCACCACCCGCAUUUCCUCCAACCCCCUGUCAAUGGCCGGCUCGCUGGCUGGCAACCUGCAGGAACUUUCUGCCCGCUACCUGAGCUCCUCUGCUUUUGAGCCUUACUCGCGGACCAAUGGCAAAGAAUCCAUGGACAAGAAAAUUCUGGAAUGAUGCUUUGUUUUGACAUAGAUGGAUUCCUGUUUCCUCUGGACACAUUUUGGUUGUUUUCUUGGCUUUUACUCUCUUUGGUUUUGCUCAUUCUCUUUCAUUUGUCUGUGUCAUGUUCUGUAGCAGUUCAUGUAUUCCAGUUGCACAUCUGAUGCCUUGUACAAGGAAGAAAACAAAGACCUACACUAGCUCAUCUAACAAAGACAGGGUGGUGGUGGAAAGAUUUUUGCACAAAGUAUUCAUACAGGACUUUGUUCCAGAGAUUUAGAGACACUCUGACACUCUGAGGAGAUUACUAAGGGAUCCUUCAGGUUUCUGUUAAAUAAAGGUAUAGUCCUAUCUAUUAAUCCAAAACAAUAACAGACACAGGUGCCCGGAGAAUAUGGCUGCUUCAUACCACAACAGCUCUAUCUCUGCAAGAUAAGUGGUACAUAGUGUACAGCAGUAAGUAAAGGACUGGUGACAGAAAGUGUAAAGUGAUGGUAUCUUUCUGAAUUGUGUUUUAUUAUUUGAUUGUGUUGGCUAGAUGCAAGUCACUGAAGUGAGUAGAUGUAGAGAAAGAAAGCGAGUUGUCAAACACCUGAGCAGCAGUUUGUGAGACCCAAUCAGCAAAUAAAUAACUAAAAAAAUAAAAAAAUUAAAUCCAGCAUAAUGAAUGAACAAGUAAGGCCUAUUUCUCAACACAGAAUUGGGAAGAAAAAAAAAGUGCCUGUUUGAAGGUCACUGCAAGGCCAAUGUCAGCACGAAACCCACUGCAUCUGACGUAUGAACGCAAUUUGCUUAUGCAGAUGCCUCACAAAAAGUCAGCUUACAAAAAGAUCUUUUGUAUAUGCGUUUGUAUUAAGUUUGGACCAAACCAAAGCAUAAUCCAGAGAAGGUGUUGUCAUAUAGUAUGAUGGUUCAAUUGUUCAGUGUUGUUUUGGUUUGGUGAGGAUUUUAACAUUUUACAACAAAACACUUUGUGGCGUUUUCAUCUUUAAGAUGCAGUACCUGACUUUUUUUUGGUCUGUGAUUUUAAUACCACUGUGAGUUCUCAGAGUAUUGGUGUACAGUUUCUAUUCCAUGCGGGAGGUAAGCACAGGAAUGAGUUGCUGAAGAGAAUCUUUUCAGCAUUAGUAAGCUGCUUGCUUUGUUGAACACUACAAGUUAACAGGUUUUUCAAUCAUUAAGACAAUACAAUAACCUUUACUUCCUAUGUGAAAUUUUAAAAAUCCACAGCCUUCAUCAAAGACUGAUGCAUGUGUAGACUGAAUGGAAUUAUUGUAGUAUAAAAGUACUGGAAAUGAGAAAUGUACCUUAUUUUAUUGUAAAUUAUUCACUUCUGUAUCUAAUAGAUUAUUAGUAUAUCUGGAAGAUAAUGAAUGAAUGAAUGUAUUAGUGGGGUUAAGGAAUCAAUCAAAAGCUCUUUGGUGCUGUUAUUGUGAAAUAUCUUGAAAUUUGUGAAACGUGUGGUACAAAUGUGCAUAUAUAUAUAUGGCUACAGACAAAGACAAAUGUGUUUUUCAUUUUUCUGACAUACAUGUUGCUGUGAAUCAAGUUAUGAUAAAUUUCAUGACUGUUAUACUUCAAA